AAUGCUGUCGUCCAAGAAGUGGCCUAUUUAGAUUACUAGACAAUAGGUUUCAUCCACCACCUGUAAAAGUAAAAAAAACAGUUGAUGACUUGGUUUUGGAUGAAGGAGGGCAAUUUCUUAAUAUUCCAGUCAAUUUAGCUCUACGCUUAAGUGCUUCACUCAAAGAUUUCCUGCAAAUCCCCUACGAUUAUUUUUGUCCGACG